AAAGUCCCACACGUCACGUUCCUCAUUUUUAUUUGAACAAAAGAAAAAGCUGUGAACAAUAUGGCAGUUUUGCUAUGGCUAUUUCUAUAUGCUCUAUCCAAUUAUUCACUUCAAGUCACACACUACCAUUACUCCCUUCUUCUUCUCGCUCUGUUUUCGUGAGAAAACGUUUCUCUUGUUCAUCCUCAAAAUACAUGGAACAGCAGAAUGAAAAUCAGUCAAAAUUCAAGGAAUUUCCUUAUGUGUCUGUCCCACAUAGGGAGUUAAUGGUGGAACUUGUAUCGACUGUGGAGAAUCGGCUUGGAACAUCUCUUCUUCCUUGUAAUCUGCCUUGUAAUGUUCAGUACUUUGAGAAUCAGACUGCUACUGCCCAUGCUUCUCUCUAUGUCAGAUCUGGCCACUCCUCUUCCCAGGUUGAUUUCAUACUCGGUAGUUGGGUUCACUGCAACUUGCCCACGGGUGGAGCCUUGAAUAUUACAAGCCUCUCCGCCUAUUUGAGACCUUCAACUGAUGCACCAAACUUCUUAAUCGAAGUCAUCCGCAGCAGUCCAACAUCUCUCAUCCUCAUUCUUGAUCUACCUCCACGAAAGGACCUCGUCCAAUAUCCUGAUUACCUUAAGACAUUUUACGAGGAAACGCAAUUAGGCAAUCAGAGACAACUUCUCGAGAAGCUACCAGAGGUGAAGCCUUAUUUCUCGUCGUCUCUAUAUAUUCGAGCUCUUGUCUCUCCAUCAGCUAUCUUGGUUUCUAUAGAAACCGAAGCUUCUCAGGCUGUUCGAAUCGAUGAGAUUAUUAAGGAUCACAUAAGUCCUGUUGCUAAGGUAAUGUUGGAGACAUGGUUGGAUCUUUGUGCUUGUGCUGAGAAAAAAUUGACAGAGGAUGAAAGUACAGCUUUGGCAAAGAGGGAUAAAAUAAUUAAGAAUAAGACUAUUGAGAUAGAUCUUGAAUCAAGCUUCCCUAGGCUUUUUGGUCAAGAAGUAGCAAACAAGGUUUUAGGAGUACUAAGGGAAAUCUACAAUGCUUGAAUCUCUUAAUUAUGCAGCUGUUGAUUAAUACUGAAAGGUAAUUAUUGUAUGUAAUCUUGUUAAUUCUUCAACUAUUAGAAAAGGCAAAUUGGGAGUAAUUAUAAAAGUUGCAUUCUUCUGCUCCUCCCUAGAUUGUUUUU